AAAACUGCUUUCUUUUUGCUAAAAUUAAUUGAUUUUUCGAUUAAUCGAUUGUUUAUGGACGCUUAAUUGAUGACAUCGAUUGUCUAGUUUCGAUUGUAUUCGAUUAUAAAUAAUCGAAUAUUAGCACCCGAUUGUCACAACACUAACAAUGGUGUAUUUAAGGCUGGGCCGUACUAAACGAAUUUUUGAAUUUUACUUUUCUUUUAAUUUGUUAAUCAAUUGUUAUUACAGCAAUUUUUAUAGCUUCCAAAAAAAUGUGUAGGACAAACUUAUUUGGAAGGUUUUCAUCAUUUGAGUGACGUAAUUAUUCUAAACGUAAUUAGAAAAAUAAAAUUCGAAAAUUCGGUUAGUACUGCCCACCCUUAACUAAUUUAGAUUAUUUUUGUCAAUUUUACUCAACGCGAGGCAGCACCUUCGACUAUAAAUGCAUAAAUUAUAAAUGUAUAUUUACCAGGAUAUGCGCUAAUGCGCUGUUUGAAGUUUGACAUACAUGACUAUAAAAACAUAAAUAUCAAUUUAUGAAUGACAUGAUUUAGAAAAUAUUUACAAAAUAAUGUUUACUUUUUUAUUAAGAAUAUUUAUCAUGAAUGAUUUAUUUUCUUAUGUAAUAUCUUAUAAAUAAUGGAUACUGCUUCUGAUGAAUCAGAUAUUGAUAUUGAUAAAGUCAGUGAAUUAGUUGAAAAUUUAGAAGAACUUGAUAAUAAUUUAUUCGGUGAUAAUCGACAAAAGAAAAGUUUAUUUGGGAUUGAAAAAACUAAACAAAACGUUAAGGAAACACAGAAAAAAGUUAUUUUUCGAGAUUUUAAUGACGAUCCUUUGGAUGAUUUGUUAGGUGAUAGCAAUCACUUAAAUAAAAAUACAUUUUCAAAUAAAAAUGACAAUAAAAUAUCAGAUUUAUUUGGAAUUAAAAAUACAGAAAAUUUAAAGUCUGAUACAGGUAUAUCAAAAAGUACUGAAUUUAAUUUUACUUUAAAUAAAAAUGAAGAAAAAAAAUCAUUUAAUGAUAACUGGGAAAUUACUAAGCCACAGUCAGCUACAUCACAGCCAAUAGUAUCAAAGACUUUUGAAAAUUCAAAUAAUAAGUUAAUUAUUUCUUCGAAAUCAAGUCUACCAGGCAGAGCUAAAAAAUUAUUAAUAAUGGAAGAUUUGUUUGGAUGUAAAUCACGAGCAAGUUCUACAAAUGAAAAUAGUCAUGAAAAAUCUAUAUCUAAAAAUUUUGGUUCUGAAGAAAUGAUUUCAUCAUCAAAACCUGCCCAAUUUACUCUUUCUACCUCUAGUGGUAGAGAACCUAGAAGAGCAAGGCCUAAAUCUAUAAAUCUCAACGAUACUUUAGGAUUUUUAGAUUCACAAGAGCAAGUAACUCAAACAAAAGAAGAAAAUCUAGAACAAAAAGCUGCUAGUAUAAGUGAUAUUCCAUCAGAAAAUUUACCCGCGUGGCUGGGUGGUACAAAAAAAACAACUAACGAAACUGAUAAACAAGUGAAUAAUUCAGCACAAAAAACUGAUAAAUCUGAUGUACAAAAUAACAUUAUAUCUAAAUCUUUAAUAUUAAAUCAAGACAAUUUAUUACAAAGAAAUACUAUUUCUCUGCCCGAUAUUUCUUCAUUAACAGGAACACAAUUUGAUCCUCAAAUUUCUAUUGUUGCUAUGCAGCAACAGGAACAUGAGCUACAAGCUGCCACUAUUUUGUCUAAACAAACUGACCAAUUAAGUAGUAUCGUAGAAGGUCAAAAAAGUAAAUUGAAUGAGCAAGAAAAAUUAUUCGAUACAUUAAUUAAACAGCAAAUUGAUAGGCAGUUAAUACUUGAAACUCAAAUUAAAUUACAGCAAGCACGAAUAGAUCAUUACAUUCAGGCACUCUCCAAACAGCAAAUGACACUGCCGUCAGGUUUACAAUUUGAAAAUAAAGAUAAAGAUCCAAUGACUGAUAAACAAAAUGAUGAAAGAAUAUCAUCUGAAUAUUUGUUACAUACUUUAGAAGUAGAAAAACAUAAUUUAGAGCACUUAGUAGAUAUCAUGAAGAAUACAAAUGAAAGAGAAAUUAAAAUUUUAGAAAAUUCUUAUGAAACACAAAUUCGUUUAAUGCAAGAAAAUAUAAAUAAACUUGAAGAAAGAUUACGUGGACAAAUAGCAGAAAUUCAAAAUGAAUAUGAGAAAAAAAUAGAAAAAUUAUUGACUGAAAAAAAUGAGCAAGAAAUAUACUUAAAAACACAAAUAGAAAAUCUUAAAACAGAUCAAAUUCAAAUUAUAAAAGAUAUUCACAUUCGACACUCACAGCAAGUUGAUUUAUUACAAAAGGAACAUAUUAAAACGUUAGAAAAUAUUUCUCGUGCCAAAGAAACAGAACAACAAACUAUUGAUUUUAUAAUAACUCAUAAAACAGAUGUUAACAGUAUUCUUGAACGAGUACAGCACAUUUCCGAUGGGUUUGAAACGUUGUGUGAUCAAAUGAAAACUCGAGAUCUUGACAGUGUCAUUAAACGGGAAAGUAAUUUAAAAAGACAAGAAGAAACGUUGAAAGUGCUGAUUGAAUAUCUAAUCACCCAACAAGAAACAAUGGAUAGUGAAAGGAAACAACUAGUCAAUAUUGCUCAAAAAUUAGAAUCUGAUACAAAUGAAGUAACAAAUCAAUUUGUAAAAAAUCAUAAAUUAGUAAAUGAACGAGAAACAAGACUGGAAAUGAAAGAAAAAUCUUUUAUACACGAGAGAAAUUUAUUUCAUGAGCAAAUAAAAUGGGAACGAGAACAUAUACAGUGCUUAAAAGAAACAUGGAUCGCCGAACAAAAACAACAAUUAAAGCUAUUAGCUAAUGAAAGAGAAGCUGUGGCUGCAGAAAGGGCCAAAUUUGAAGUAUUCAAUAACUUGAAACUAAAUUCUGAUGAUUUAAUCAAGACUGAGUUAGAGGCAGCAAUCAAAGCAGCGCAUGAUGCAACUCAUCAAGCGAACGUAGAACGGCAGAGAUGGCAAGAAAAAUCAGAAAGUCUUUUAACAGAACAACGUCGAAAUGAAAUGAAAGAAAGACAACUAAUGCAAAGGGCUAAAGAUUUAGAAGAACUUACUCAGGCAGCUGUCAUUAAACGUGAAGAGGGUUUACAAGCACUUAAAGAAGCACAAAGAAUUGAAAAACAACACAAAGAUAAAUUAAAUCAAUUACAAUCACAGCUUGAAGCUUUAGCCGAUCGAGAAAGUAAAAUCGCUGCUGAAAAAAUAACAUUAGCAAGAGAAAGAUUAUCAUUGAGAGUAUAUCAGGUUGAAAAAUCAGAGAAAAAUAUAACAAAUGACUCAUAUCACAAUCAAGUAAAAGAGUCGACUUACACGUCUCCUGCACGAGUACCAACUCAUUUUAAUAUGAAGCAGUUCUGAGUUAUCCUGCCUACGGCAUGGAGACUUUUUUUUUUUUUUUGAAGUGACUUUUUUACAAAAAUUUAGCAAAAUAUUUUUGAAAUGUUGCUUAAUAAUGUCUGAAAUUUUAAUAAUGUUAAUAAAGAAGGUGUUAUGAAAAAAAAAAAUCUUAAAAAUAUGCUCCUUUUUUUGUUUCUCAGACCAGCUUUUCCCCUUAAGGAAUAUUAAAAAAAUUCGAAAUCUUUAGGUGAUUUUCAACUCCAAGAUAAAUAGUCGUACAACAAAAACAAAAAAGUUCAAUUGUAGCUUCAAGUGUCUAGUUUUCUGAUCUGGUCUUGAAACUUUAUAGUAUGCACGGUUCCGUAGUAAUAAAAAAUCAAUGAUAAUUAC